UAUUAUGUUACAUUACAUUGUGUUUCAUCAUUUAACACUAUAUUUCAAUAUGUUUCUCUUCAUUACUUUAUGUAACAAUCAUUUGGUAACUACGGUCAUUAGGGUGCACUGAAGCCGGAAGUUGGACCUGAACAUCGUGUUGUUUCACAGUGAACCAGCAGGUGGCGCUGGACACUAACAUGAGCUGACAGGUGAGGUUCACCCAGCAGCCAAUAGGAUUCCUUCAUGUUCAACCUGCAGGAGAACAAGGAGACGAUUGUUGUCAGCAGGAUGAGAGAGGUCUCACUCUGGCUGUUUAUUCAGAGCUCCUCAUCACAGAAUGUUCGUACGGCAACAUUUACAGUUUUAAUCGUGAAAGGUCCGUUUCACCCCUAAUGAUCUGUGGGCUCGAUUAUAUUUAGUUCAUCUAAACUACCUUAAAAUCAUGGUUCAUGUUAAUAUGUUCAUGAAAAGUGUUUAUCUCGAUUACACAUCAAUUAUAAAUGUAUUUCUUCUGAUAUUGAUAAAUGUAUUAAAGUUAAAAACGCAGGGUUCACAAAACAGACUGAUGAGUAAUGAAGUUAAAAUAUACGUUUUAAAUUUGCAUAUCUGUAUAUGUGGAGGAGUAUUUCAUUAGUUCAGGGUUUAAAAACCCAUGAUAUAACCCUGAUAAAUAAAACAGUUUGCUCCAUUAACUUUUCUGAAAAUAGUGAGAUUUAUUAUAUAUAUUUAGAUAGAAAUUCACAACUAUUGUACUAUAUUAUGGUAUAUAAAGUAAAAGGAAAUGAAAUAGAAUGUUGUGUAUUAAAGUUUAGUGACAGAGUGAUGCCUCCUGUCAGAUGCUCUUAUCUCCGCAGCAGUAGUUCCUUCACUUCCUGAACACCUCGUCUCCUCCACACUAGUGUUUUCAUCCCGGUGUUUGUGCUGCUUCCUCUGACCUCAGCUCCUCCGGCUUGAUAUCUGUCUGUCUGCCGCUUCUUUAACCUGAACAACAACAAACAACCCUGGAGGUCGGUGCUCCGGUCCGGGUCCCGAGGAGCUAGCUUUAGGAGGCUACUGGAGCGUUUGACGUUAGCCGAGCGAGGCAUCUGGACAGCGGGCAGAGGGAGCGCAGCAUGGCCGCGGGGAGCGACAGCCAGGCGGCGGAGGAGAAGAGGACGAGCGGGAGUCAGAGUGAAGUCCACAGGAGGCUGAAGUACAUCAGUCUGGCCGUGCUGGUGGUCCAGAACGCGUCGCUCAUCCUCAGCAUCCGAUACGUCCGCACGUUGCCGGGCGACCGCUUCUUCACGACGUCGGCCGUUGUCAUGGCGGAGGUCCUGAAGGUCUUGACCUGUCUGUUCAUCAUCCUGCUGCAGAAAAAAU